AAACCGCUUCUCCGAUCAAAAUCUGUGCGGCAAGUCCAGCACGCCCCGGCCGAGAAGGCGAGAAGAGCAGCAAAGCAAACCCUAUUUAAAACCGCCGCGGCCUCUUCGUCCCCCAAGGUUCCCCACCCAGAUCCGGCCACGCCGCCCGCUCCCCUUCUCCGCCGCAGCGAUGGUGUACGUGGAUUCCUGGGACGAGUUCGUGGAGCGGUCCGUGCAGCUCUUCCGCGCGGACCCCAACGCCACCCGCUACGUGAUGAAGUACCGGCACUGCGAGGGGAAGCUCGUGCUCAAGGUCACCGACGACCGCGAGUGCUUGAAGUUCAAGACUGAUCAAGCUCAGGACGCAAAGAAGAUGGAGAAGCUCAACAACAUCUUUUUUGCUCUCAUGACUCGUGGUCCUGAUGCUGACAUCAGUGAAGUUUCAGGGAAGGAACAGGCCGAGCAACAGCAAUCGAAGAAAGGUCGGGGAAGGAGGCAAUGAUGCCAGUCUGAUCCUUAUUUCUUUCAGAAAAUUCACAACUGGAAUGGUGGAUUGACAUUUCAUUGACUCUUGUUGCCCCCUCUGCUAUGGUACUCUGAAGGAAGUUUUUCCAGUACAGAACUGAGAACAAACUGAAUGCACACUAUCAUGAAUUCAUGAUUGAGAAACGCCUCAGCCCUCAACCUUUACCUCUUUUUUCUGCAUGUGCAGCGUUUUCAUACAUGUUUUCCGGUAGAGGAAUGUAGCUAGAUACUCUGUUUGAUCUUAUCUUUGUGUGCUGUUUGUUGGGCCAUAUGUUGUACGGCAUUUUGCAGGCGAUACUGAUACAGGAGUACUAGGUGCGAAUUGGCGAUGGUGAUGCAUUAUCAGUGGGGCUUUCAGCUGAUAUGGCAGUUUGCAUGACUUGGGAUGCUGUGCAUGUGCAUCUCUAAUAAAGCCGGUAAAAACUGUUCUGUUGCUGCUCA